CGCAUUCUAGCAAACUUCGCCAUCUUUGAAGGAGACUAGCUAGAGACGUUUGCUUGCUUCUUUGUUCAUAUUUUUCACAUAACCGAUUAACUUACUGUUUUGAACCCCAGGAUUGUCAAAUGAAGAUGCGCCACUCAAAGCGGAUGCGUUCCCCAGGUGUCUGGCUUGAUGAGUACAGCUGGGAAGAGAGAAUGGAGUGUCGUAAGCGAAAGAAACGGGAGUCUCACAGCAGCGAAAGAGAAAACAAAUCCAGAAGAACUCACCAUCACCACAAGACACAUGAGGGGCAUUACCUGGAGACCCGCAGUUUGAACCAGAGGCCAGACUCCCGGGAAGGAUACACCCAGGACCAUAAUUUUGUCAUGGCCUGUGAGGAGGACAGUCGCGAAGGCACCUGCAAGGACAGAGACCUUGACUGGCACCACUACAGCAAGUCGUCCGGGCGUAGUGGGCGCAGUGGUCGUAGCGGUCGCAGCAGGCGAAGCAGCUACAGGCACAGAGACAGAAGGCGCAGACGUAGCCAUUCUCGCCACAGGUCCUCCUCGAGGAGGAGCCAUCACCGCAGGAGCAGGAAAAGAUCCAGGAGUGUUGAGGAUGAUGACGAGGGUCACCUCAUCUAUCACAGUGGAGACAUGCUGAGAGCGAGAUAUGAGAUUGUGUGUACUCUAGGAGAGGGUGCCUUUGGGAAGGUCGUUGAAUGCAUUGAUCACUCUAAUGAUGGAGCUCGAGUGGCUCUGAAGAUCAUUAAAAACAUAGACCGCUACCGUGAGGCAGCGAUGUCUGAGGUAGAGGUGCUUGAACAGUUGAAGUCCCUUGACAAUGACAGGAGAUAUGCAUGUGUACGCAUGCUGGACUGGUUUGACUACCACGGCCACAUUUGUAUCGCCUUUGAGCUGCUUGGUCUCAGCACCUAUGAUUUCCUCAAGGAGAACAAUUUCCAGCCUUUCCCCGUUGAACACAUCAGACACAUGGCGUACCAGAUCAUCCGAGCUGUUCGAUUUUUACAUAAGAACAAGCUGACUCACACAGAUCUGAAGCCUGAGAAUAUUCUCUUCAUUGAUUCAGACUAUGAUAUGGAGUACAACCCUGAAAAAAAACGUGACGAACGGACACUGAAGAACCCAGAUGUGAAAAUUGUGGACUUUGGUAACGCCACAUACGAACACGAGCACCACACCUCUGUGGUGUCGACACGUCACUACCGCGCUCCUGAAGUCAUUUUAGAUCUGGGCUGGGACCAUUCCUGUGAUGUCUGGAGUGUAGGCUGUAUACUCAUCGAGUACUACCUUGGAUCGACUCUCUUCCAGACCCAUGACAGUAAAGAACACUUAGCCAUGAUGGAGAGAGUCCUGGGCCCCAUCCCCACAAACCUUCUGCAGAAAACCAAGAAACGGCGGUACGUUCAUCGGUGCAAACUGGACUGGGAUGUGCACAGUUCUUCUGGGAGAUACGUCAGGAAACACUGCAGACCUCUGAAGCAUUACAUUGUGUCGAAGAGCGAGGACCACCAGCAGCUGUUUGACCUGAUAGAGAAGAUGAUGGAGUAUGACCCAGCUAAGCGCCUCAGUCUUGAUCAGGCCCUCAGACACCCCUUCUUCUCCUGCUACUACAAUAACAGUAGCAGCAGUAAGAGCCGCAGUAGCAGCAGCAAAAAAGACUGAACUCCUGAACCUGUAAAACUUCUGACCUGUAAUCGUGGUCGUGGCCUGGCUGUCACCAUGACAUUUAUUAUGGUGCUCACUUCAAGCCUCUACUUCCUGACUCUCCAGGAGAGAUGUACCUUAACUGACUGCAUCAGUCCACUGCCCUGCUUUGCUGUGUCCCGUCGCUGUCCCAGUGUGUUUCUUAAUCUCAGGCAUCCACAAGUUUCUGUUUCUCAUCUUUGGCAUGUUUUGAUGUAAUAAAUAGAGGAUUUCAGGUGAUUUCUAUUUAUUUGCCGCUGUAAUUUAAAUUGUAGCUUCUGAUCAUAUACUUGUAGAGUUGUGUUGAUUUUUGUUUUUUAAAUUCCUGAUUUAGUCCAGUUUUGUCUACGUCCUGUCUGCAUUAUCGGGUUGGUGAUGGGACUUGUAACAGAAAUGCAUUACCCCCUGCUUCAGUCUCACCAUGAAUAAUUUAUUUAGCUUUGUAGAUGUAAAAAAGCUAUUGCAGGCAGAAAAUCCUUGUAUAUAGAAUUUUUUUUUCUUUUUUCACUGACUGGUUCUGUAACUUUUGCAUCAUUGUGUACAUUUUCUCAAUAAACAUGAAUAGACGAUA